AUGAUUGUAUUAAGCAUGUCAAAGUUUUAUGCUGUUGCUCAUGGGUUCCAACGAGGUAUAUAUGAGAAAUGGGACGAUGCUAAGAAGCAGAUAGAUGAUUUUCCUCAAGCAGUUUAUAAAAAAUUCUCCACGCGGGACGAAGCUGAGGAGUACUUCAAUGCACGGCAGCCGAAGAAAAUAGAGCUGACUUUUCCCGAACCGAAUAGGGAGAAGUACUAUGCGGUCGCACGUGGUUACGCAGUUGGGGUUUUCACUGACUAUGAGGACGUUAAGAAAUCUAUAGAAGAUUAUCCCCAACCACUACAUAAAAAGUUUGACAACCUGGAUGAAGCUGUAUCGUAUUUCAACAAAUUUUUCCGUGGAACUGAAAAAGGUGAGAAUGGCGAACAAGAAAAGGUCAAGCCAACUGAAGAAGCCAUAAAGAAGAAGGAAGAAAAAGGAGUAACAUAUUAUGCGGUUGCAAAGGGGCACACAACAGGAGUCUUCACUUCGUGGGAUGAGUGCAAAAAACAAACGACUGGUUUCAAAGGCGCAAAAUUCAAGAAAUUCGAUAAUGAGGAGGAAGCGAAAAUGUUUGCCGAAGGAAAAACUUUGAAACAAAUAGAAGAAGCGAAGGCCAGUCGUAAGCGAGAUGCAGCAUCAUCUAGUGGAGCUGAUGCCCCAGAACCGCAGAAAAAGCAGAAGAAAUGA